GUCACUCUCCUUUCCUCGCUUCGGCCCUUCUCGCGUCGCCCACGGCCUUUCUGAGCACCGGCAGGUUCGCUUCGGCCUGAGUGCGUGCUGCGACGCCGUUGGCUGCCCAGCAUGUCGCACGCCUCGCCGCGUCCCGGCGCGCCGACAUUCCCGAUCAGCCAGGCGCACUACCAGCAGCACCAGCAGCAGCUGCAACAGCAGCAGAUGCUGCAACAUCAGCAGCAACAGCAGCAGGCGAUGCAACGUCAGCAGCUACUGCAGGCUCAGCAGCAGCAGCAGGCCCUGCAGGCUCAGCAGCAACAUGCCCUGCCGCCGCAGCAGCCGCGCGUGCCGAUGGCCGUGCACGCUCCACAGCAGACGCCGCAGCAGCAGCACUACUCGCCCAUGCCCAGCUCGCUGCCUCCUCGCGCUGCUGGCGGCGGCGCGCCCAUGCCGCCACGCCAUGCGGCACCGGCGCUGCCGAGCCAGAACGGCCUGCUGCACGCCUCGGCGCGCGCCGAGAAGCGCGAGCGCAUGCCCAAGGACGGCGGCGAGCGCUACUAUCUCCGUGGUGGCCCGAGCAACUUCCUGCUACUCUCGCUGCGCUCCGGGCUGCCGUCGCACAUCGACUGGGCCCUGGCGCGUCUGCUCGACGCCUCCCUCAACCACGCCGACCGCUUCACGUGGGAGAAGUGGCCGGGCCUCACCGACACGCUGCUGCGCUUCCCCAUGCGCGUCGUGGCGGCCGUCAAGGGCGCGCCCGAGACGGAGUGGGCGCCGCGCUUCUUCGAGACGGAGGAGCAGGCGGAUGCAGACGAGGCGCUUGGAUGGACCUCGGCACCGCCGAUGCUGGGCGUGACCAGGCCCGCAAAGCGGCAGCGCGCAGACGAGACCGCACUGCCGGGCACGUCGCGUCUCGGCGCGCUGUCCACUGGUGCGGGCGCAUUCCGUCCGGCGCAGGACGACUCGCACGCCGCACUGGCGCGCUGGGCUGUGCUCGCCAGCACGAUCCUGCGCAACCUCUCGCUGCACGGCAGCUUCGUGCGGCACAUGUACACGCACACGCGCGGCAUGCCGACGCUCAUCGCCGACGUGCUGACGCUCGACUGCCUGGCGCUCGAGGCCGACGCGUGGGCCGAGCUGGAGGCGCUGCGCGAGAUGCGCGGCAUCUGGCUCGACGUGUGCGAGUCCGUCGCGCCGAUGCUCAUCUUUAGCCCGCCUGCCGACGCGCCGGCGCCCCUCGUCGCGGCCGGAAAGGCAAACAUGAAGGCGGCCGAGCUGGCCGGCGACGCGAUUCUCGGCUCAGUGGUGUCGUUCAUCGUGCACGCCGAGGACCGGCAACUGCUCGUCGCAUCGCUGCGCAUCAUCGGCGUGCUCGCCGAGCUGGAGCGCAACGAGCACCUCUUCGCGUCCGGCAGGCCCAUCUAUCCCGAAGGGCCUACGGUGCAGGCAGUGGUGCAGCGCUGCGCCCAGCUUGUGGCGCUCGACGCCUCUGCGGAUCCCGCGCUCGUCGAGUCCGCGCUCGACUGUCUCUACCAGCUGCUGCGCAUCGACGGCUUCAACGCCUUGCGCCUUGCCGCAGACGGCGUCGUCAUCUCGCACAAGCCGGCAGCACAGGAUGCAUUCGGCCUCGUGCGUCUGCUCGUGCGCUGCCUGGCCUGCAGGCGAGUCUCGUGGCCCCGCACGCACAACAUCCAGGUGCACCCGCAACUGCACGCCGGCAUCCCCACCCGGCGCGCCUUGGAGGAGCAGGAGCGGCGCGCGCGCUUUGCGGGCCUGGCGCCCGAGCAGGCCGCAGCCAAGGAGGCGUCCAACAGAUGGCUGACCAAGUGGGAGGUGCAGCGCGUCGCUGGCUUGCCGGAGCCGGAGCGGCUGACCACCUGGCUCAAGAUGAUCUACGAGCCGCGCGCGAAGUCCGAGGUCACGCAGGUCGAGCUGUGGGAGACGUACCGCGACCAGUUCACGCCUUACUCGCAACACGGCACGCCCACGGCCGUGCAGCCGGCCGCAGAGGUAAUCCGCAUCGCCUCGGUUGCCUUUCCUGGCGCCACAGCCAUGGUGCAGAACGGCACGCGCUUCGUCAUCACUGGCGUUGCGCGGCGCGAUCGCAGCUCAUUGCGGAAGUUCCAGUGCUGCUGGCGCGGCUGCGCAGACCGUGACAACGAGACGGCUGCAUCCCUCACCCGACACGUGUUGCAGAGCCACCUCGAGGAUGCGCCGUUCGCCUGCGCGUGGCACACCUGCGCGUACGCUGUGCCACCGGAGGUCGCCGAGAGCGGGCGUGCUGAGCAGCUGCGUCGGCACGUCCUCACGCACCUCGCUCCGGCGCCCGAGCCGGCCGAGGCGCCAGCAGAGCGCUCGCCCGACUCGCUGGUCAAGGCCAAGGUGAUCGACAAGGACCCUCGCGGCCGCAUGCUGCUCCUGCCCGAUCUCGCAGCGUCGAAGAAGGGCCAGAAGCGGCGCGGCACGGUGGACAACCCAGAGCCGAUUGCCUUUCGCGUCACGCGCACGCCGAUGGACGGCUCGUCGCGCCCGCUCGGCAUCGCCGGCACUGCCGCGCUCAUCCUGCGCAGUCUGGCGCGCACCGCAGCCGGCACGCUCGACCGGGCACCGGCUGGCCACUCGGCGCGCCGGCAGCAGGGCGCGGGCAAGGCGGACGAGACGGCGAUGCAGGACGCCGACGAGGACCGCUUUGGCCUGCCGCUGCCCGUUGGCGGACGCAUGGACCUGCGCGGCGUCGUGAGGAGCAGCGACGCGCCGGACGAGCUCGACGUCGUCGAGCGGGCCUCGUCGCCCAUCGCUGUCGCACCCUUCAGCGACGAGACGGCCGACUUUGCCGAGUGGCAGUUCGACGCGGCCGCGGCGCUCAUGGAUGCGCUCGGCGCCGUGGAGCAGGACGUGGUGGACAUUUCGGGCGAGAACGACAUUCUCUGCCCCAUCCUCAACGAGACGCUGCAUGAGAUCCGGCCGGCGCAUGUCGAGUCACUCAUCCCCGAGGAGGACGAGACGGAGGGCAAAUAGAUUGCUUGUCAUCGUUGCUCGCUUGUCUGUCUGCCCGUGCACGACUUGGAAGCGCAGACUCUCUGUCGCUCACAGAGAAUGCCGAGCGCCGCCAGCGCGGAGGAUGUGCUGAUCAUCCGAUGAGCCUGCCUUCGCAUGCGGGGGGCCGAAGCUGCGCUGUACCACAGACAGAGAUCACCCUCUCGCGCGCGCGCUCCACGCUCGCCAACGACGACUGAAGAUCUUGGCGUCGGAUUCUUUGCCCGACUGGUGUGUGCGGGGGCCCAUGGCGCGGGCAGCCCGUCCUUGCCGCAAGG